AUUUACCGCUGCUUGCCCCUCGCAAGCCGAGAAGGAAAGCGCUCGAACUCCGGGCGCUCCGACACUGCGGCCCGCUUUUUGAAAAUCACUCGCCGCGAGUCUGGGGCCCUCUUGCUUAUUUGGGGGACAGUGUCGAGCAGCCUUUACCUUGCGUGCGCGCUGGCCACCCUCGCCGUCCCCUCGCUGGGACGGACCGCGCGAUCGGUUCCCCGUGCCCUCGCCCUCGGCUCCGGGCUGCAGCCCGCGCUCGUCGGCCUCGCACGUCAAUCCCGCGGCGGCUGCUCUCCCCGUCGGGCCGCCCUCUCCCAUCGACGCCCUCCCGGCCGAAACAUGGCGCGUGCUUCUGGAGCGGCGCGAUUUCGGCCAGCGUGAGAGCCAACUCGCGCACCUCGGUGGCAGCUGCGGGACCUCGGCGAGUCCUGCCAGGGAACUGCGCGCGGCAUGCACACGCUGUACGGCGACCACCACGGCCAGGGCUACUACCGCUACAGUGGCUACUCGUCGCCGCCGCCGCCGUCGUCGAGCCCGGCCGGCAGCGGUGGGUCCGCGGGUAGCCCACCGACCGUGCUGUACGGGCCCAGCCAGGACGCCAUGGCAGCCUACCCAGGACGCAUGGGUCGGCAGCAACACCACGCGUACGUGCCGUCGCCGUACGCUGCAGGCGCCAUGACGCUCCAACAACAGGCGCCCAAGGACAUGGUCAAGCCACCCUACUCCUACAUCGCACUCAUAGCGAUGGCCAUCCAGAACGCGCCAGAGAAGAAGAUUACGCUCAACGGCAUCUACCAGUUCAUCAUGGACCGCUUCCCCUUCUACCGGGAGAACAAGCAAGGCUGGCAGAACUCCAUUCGGCACAACCUCUCCUUGAACGAAUGCUUCGUGAAGGUGCCCCGUGACGACAAGAAGCCCGGCAAGGGCAGCUUCUGGACGCUCGAUCCGGACAGCGUCAACAUGUUCGACAACGGCAGCUACUUGCGGCGGCGGCGGCGCUUCAAGAAGAAAGACAGUGCCAAGGAUGGCAGCAAGGACGAGGCGCUGCGCAAAGCUGCUGCGCACAGCCACGCCGAUGUGGAGGACAAGAAACCGGCCAUCAAAAUGAACAGCGGACCUUGCCCCAACAAUAACAACAACCAGACCAACGCCGAGAGUCACCAGGCGGUCACUCCCAAGAGCGAGCCCAUCGCGGACGCCUGCUUGCUCGCCUCGUGCAAGUACGAGGCGCGUUCUACGCAGCUCGGCCAGCAGCUCGCCGACCAGCACGCCGCCGGAGCCCUGGUUGUGGACCCGUCGCUGUCCGCCUUCAGCGUGGACAGCCUCAUGACGCGCGACCAGUCGGCGGCCACCGACGAGCUGGCCCACUAUUCGCGGCCGGGCGUUCUCUUCCAGGCGGCCAUGAGUCCCUGCUCGAGUCCGGCUGCGCCCACGUCCUUAGGCUACGCGUGUGGCUCGCCGGGGCUCUACUCGGACAGGUGCUCGCAGGCACUUGGCGCGCCCACCGACGAAGCCCUGGCUACCGGCGGACCUGCUGGCGGCACCGCAGCCGUCGGUGCUGCCGACAGCGCGGGACAGCAGCACUACGCGCCGUCGUCGCGCACUGCCUGGUACACGAUGCAGCAGCAGCUGCUCGAUCCGGGCGAGGCGUACGCGGCUUCCAACGGCUUCAGGGAAGUGUACGCCGGCAGUAACGCGACGAGCGGCGGCCAGAGUUCCUACCAGGUGGGCUUUCCGCUCAACAACGGCUACCAGAGGUCGUACACGGCGGGCUACGACUGCACCCGAUACUAGGUACUGUGGCCCUCUUCUCUCGAACCUCCUCCGUGCUGUUCCGGCCGUGCCCGACUGUCACCGCGGCUGUGCGCGAUCCCGUGACGGCCGCCUCUGGCCAGGGAAAGCUACGAUGUUUGUGAAACGUGGACUCGUAGUGUAUAUGUGGACUCGCUCGUAUUUGCAGCGACGUGCUGCGCUCAAAUCGCAAGGCGGUGCCAGUCCUGCAUCCGCUCGGCCAAGCUGAAGCUGGUCUGCUAAGAAUGACGGACACGUGCUACUAGUCUUUUUGGGUGAAAAGUGUUAGGCUAUGUUCUCAUGUUGUUUGGAUAUGUAUAUGCAUUCAUGUAUUGCUCAUAUUCUGCGCGAGGCUGAUUCCUGUUGUAAGGAGGGGACACCACUGGGUGCCUCUUCUUCUAACACGACUCAGCUUCGCGCGCGGGCCCUUGGCAAGCAUUAUCACUUCUGUAACUGAGAAGCGCUGUAUAAAACUCAUACCAUAAAGCAAGUGCAAGAAAUACGGAGAAAGUGACUGGGUAGGUGAGAAUAGAUGAGACCGUCGCUGAUUCACUCGGGACUCACAGCCAAUCCCUUUCAGUUCCGGUCGCGCGAAAGUAAUGCGACGCGUAAACGUAAUUCUUUUUUUUUUAAACUUAUCUGCUUGCAGUGACUUGGUCGUGUAUAUUGUUCAUCAAAACAAGUGAGCCAAUGUCGAAAAGCGUCUGUUUUUUUUUUUUCCUGCCCUGAAAGCUAGCGUUUCUCAUGUCCAUCGCAUUUCAUCGCGGCUUCUGGUUUUUCUUUUUUUUUUUCUUCAUUUUUUAUGCCGCGUAAGUUUUAUAAAAAAAAACGACUGCUUAAAAAUUUGCUAGGGAUAUAUUCAAGCAAGUGCUAAUACAGCAUGGAUAGCUAUACCUCAUGUACGAAACAGAUGUCACAUUUUGAAUUGGCUUGAACUGCAAAGGCACUGCAUCCUGGUUGUUCCCGAUGCAGCGUGUGGUUUAGAAAGGUAUCGAAGUACACGGAUGAGAUUGGUGUAUUCAAAUGAAGAUGACAUAGAUGAAAAUAAACGCCUAAUUGUAACUAUUGUUCUGUCUAAAGGUAACACUGCUGGUUGAUGGUUGUAUAUACUGUACACCGUGAUAUUAACUACUUGCAGAAUGCUCAAGCUUCAACAUUCUGCUGAUUCGCCAUAAAACAAAAACAAAAAAUAAACUUCAAAUCCAAA